AGGGGACUAUAUAUCGUUCGUGCCUCCGUUCUCCUUUCUCCUUUUACGCGAGAGAGAGAGAGAGAGAGAGAGAGAGAGAGAGAGAGAGAGAGAGAGAGAGAGAGAGAGAGAGAGAGAGAGAGAGAGAGAGAGAGAGAGAGAGAGAGAGAGAGAGAGAGAUGGUGUCUCUGAAGCUUCAGAAGCGGCUUGCCGCUAGCGUUCUCAAAUGUGGAAGAGGCAAGGUUUGGCUUGACCCUAACGAAGUCAAUGAAAUCUCCAUGGCCAAUUCUCGUCAAAACAUAAGGAAAUUGGUUAAGGAUGGGUUCAUUAUCAGGAAGCCAACUAAGAUUCACUCCCGCUCCCGUGCUCGCCGUAUGAAGGAGGCCAAGAGGAAGGGACGCCACUCUGGAUAUGGUAAGCGUAAGGGUACAAGAGAGGCAAGGCUCCCCACCAAAAUUCUUUGGAUGAGGAGGAUGCGUGUCCUCCGACGUUUGCUUCGCAAAUACAGGGAAGCGAAGAAGAUUGACAAGCAUAUGUACCAUGAUAUGUACAUGAAGGUAAAGGGUAAUGUGUUCAAAAACAAGAGAGUCUUGAUGGAGAGCAUACACAAGUCAAAGGCUGAGAAGGCAAGAGAGAAGACUUUAUCUGACCAGUUUGAGGCCAAGAGGGCAAAGAACAAGGCAAGCAGGGAAAGGAAAAUUGCUCGGAGGGAAGAGCGAUUGGCUCAAGGUCCUGGAGAGAAGCCAUCAGCGGCCCCAAGUGCUCCAUCUGCCACAGCUUCCCAGCCAGCCCAAGCAUCAAAGAAAUCAAAGAAGUGACAUUUUUGGAGAUCGGAAGGGCAUUGAAUCUUUUAAUUUGGCCAGCAAUGGCAUCCUGAGUUACUGAGCUUAUUGUAUUUUUGACGAAUCUUUUGUUUGUUUAGACCUUGUUAGUUUUAUUUGACUUUUAAGUUGUUCAUCUACAAUUUGUAUUUUAUAUUUUGUUUAUGCUCUUUUAGUUUAAGGACGGAGUUGCGCCUGGCUUGUGUUAUUCUUUUUUAAGUUAUGAAGUUUCUUAUCUCAAUUUCAAAGCA